AGAGUGUCAAGAGGAGAGACGAGGCACUGGGCUACAGUUUCCAGGCUUACAGGAACUGGCUCUUUUCCUCAAGCCCCAUUAAGCAGCCCACUCCAGUUCUUGAUCUUUGUCUCCUAGUCCUGAGGUCUUUUCUCCUUGGGCUGCAUCCACAGCCUUUCUGAGUGGCUGUGAGCACUUUCUCAGUAUGAACUGUAUAUCAGACUUCUUCACCUACGAGACUACCAAGUCGGUGGUUGUGAAAAGCUGGACCAUUGGGAUCAUCAACCGAGCCGUCCAGCUGCUGAUUAUCUCCUACUUUGUGGGGUGGGUUUUCUUGCACGAGAAGGCCUACCAAGUGCGGGACACCGCCAUUGAGUCCUCAGUGGUAACAAAGGUGAAAGGCUUCGGACGCUAUGCCAACAGAGUCAUGGAUGUGUCAGAUUAUGUGACCCCACCCCAGGGCACUUCUGUCUUUGUCAUCAUCACCAAAAUGAUCGUUACUGAAAAUCAAAUGCAAGGAUUCUGUCCAGAGAAUGAGGAGAAGUACCGCUGUGUGUCUGACAGCCAGUGUGGGCCUGAGCGCUUCCCGGGCGGGGGGAUCCUCACGGGCCGCUGUGUGAACUACAGCUCUGUCCGUCGGACCUGUGAGAUCCAGGGCUGGUGCCCCACCGAGGUGGACACUGUGGAGAUGCCUAUCAUGAUGGAAGCUGAGAACUUCACCAUUUUCAUUAAGAACAGCAUCCGUUUCCCUCUCUUCAACUUUGAGAAGGGAAAUCUCCUACCUAACCUCACCGACAAGGACAUAAAGAAGUGCCGCUUCCACCCUGAAAAAGCCCCAUUUUGCCCCAUCUUGAGGGUAGGGGACGUGGUUAAGUUUGCUGGGCAGGAUUUUGCCAAGCUGGCCCGCACGGGUGGAGUCCUGGGCAUUAAGAUCGGCUGGGUGUGUGAUCUGGACAAGGCCUGGGACCAGUGCAUCCCCAGAUAUUCCUUCACUCGGCUGGAUGGAGUUUCUGAGAAAAGCAGUGUUUCCCCUGGCUACAACUUCAGGUUUGCCAAAUACUACAAGAUGGAGAACGGCAGCGAAUACCGCACACUCCUGAAGGCUUUUGGCAUCCGCUUUGAUGUGCUGGUAUACGGGAACGCUGGCAAGUUCAACAUCAUCCCCACCAUCAUCAGCUCGGUGGCUGCCUUCACUUCCGUGGGAGUGGGGACUGUUCUCUGUGACAUCAUCCUGCUCAAUUUCCUCAAAGGGGCUGAUCACUACAAAGCCAGGAAGUUUGAGGAGGUGACUGAGACAACACUGAAGGGUACUGCUUCAACCAACCCCGUGUUCACCAGUGACCAGGCCACUGUGGAGAAGCAGUCCACAGACUCGGGGGCCUAUUCUAUUGGUCACUAGGACCUCUUCCCAGGGCCCCAUGCUUACCCUUGGGCUACAGAACCUUCAACAGGCCACUCUGUCUCAGCCGAUAGAGGUGGGAGUGGGCAGAAGAGGGGCCCUUAUUUCUGAUGUUCACCCCAAAGACCACAUCCAGGUAUCUAGGCCCUCACUGUUCAGCAGAUAGGCAGUGCUUCCCACUGAGACCUGAAUCUUGCCUUUACCCCUUGCAUGCCCCCCAUCUGCUUCCCUGGGUCCCAGGACAGCAGGAUCCAUCCAUCCGUUUCCGAAGGAUAGAGAAAAUGGUAGCUAACGUUACACCCAUAGUACCUACCAUGUACCAGGCACUUCCAUACACAUUAUCUCUUUGCACCCUUAAAAUAAUCCUAUAAGGUAGAUUUCUGGGGGGGGGGGGUUCUGGGGGUGUUUUUGUUGUUUUUAAGAGAAG